CUACUUCAGUCACAGUAAAAAAUAAAGUCAGCCUAAGAAUAAGGAAGCAAAAGAAAUAGAAAAGCAACGACGGGUAGACAGCAGAUCCCGGCGGAAUGGCGGCGCCGCCGCCGGCACCGCCGUCGGCCUUGAAGCCGGAGAUCGGCCCCGACGGCCUCGCCCGAGAUUCUCCCGUAAUCGCCUACACCGAGAAGGUCAUUUUGGAGGAGCAGCUGCAGCUGAAGAAAUACAUUCAGGAGAAUUAUUCCAAAAUUCGUGAUGUAGAAAAGGAGUUAGAGAACCUGACUUUAGAAAUGAAACUGACAGCUGGUCCGAAGAAAGCAGCACUUGAGCAUUUGAGGAAAAUGAUUGAAAUAUCAACAGAGAAAAUACGUUUAGCCAAGGUGAAAGAGGAACAGGCAAAGAAGGCCUGGGAAGCCGCUGCACAAGUUGUUAAAGACGAAGAGGAUGCUAAGCAGAAACUGUGUGAUGAUCUGAACCAUCUGGUCCAGGAGAGUGCUGCUACCCAAUAUACAAAAUUAGAGGAACUGAAGAAGCGUUUAGAAUCUCUAAAUCCCAGCAGGGCUUCUGUCGAAGUUUCAGGUGUUAAUACUGCGCAGCAUGCUACCACAAAUUCAGUAUCUCAGCCGCCCAUGUCACAAAAUCCUGCCACUCCAACUGGCCCUUUGGAUAAUGGUAUAGAGCCCGCCUCUAUUGAACAGCAGCAAAGACCUGCAGAGGCAGAAAAGAAGAGAAGACCAUCAAACGCAAGAGGGAGGGGUGGUGUGAUGAUCCUUCCCAAGGGAAGAGGGAGUUCCGGAUCAGGAUGGACCGGUGCUGGGUUUGAUGUAGAUAGCGGUACAUGACACACAUGAUUUUUGUUGUACUUGACACACAUUGAAACCAUACACUUUCAUGCACAGGAAUCAGAUUGAUCUGCAUCAGAAUCAGCCAUUCCAGAGUUCAAGUGCGGUGAACACCAUGUACUGUUGAUUAUUUGUUUAUCAAUUGUAUAUGAAUAAUGUAAGGACUGUCCAAUUUGAACUCGAAUUAAGUAAAUUGACGGUUAUAUCAA